CGGCAAGAAUCAAUACUAAUCAAUCAAUAAUUCACAACAAAAACACCACUCUCCUCGCUGACGGAUCCGAACAAUAACCUGCGUAAUUCGAGCCUUCGAUCGGUGAAACCGCCACCCUGCACAACAAUUAUGGAUUUCUUAAUCACGGAUAUUCAAGAGAAAGAGGUGGCUGCGCCCAAGGCUCCGAGUUUCCCUCAGGUCAAGUCCACCACGACCGGUUUCCCAGAGCACAAGAAGCGCACACGCAUAUCGGCUUUCAAACAGAAGCGACAGAAUGCGAAGCUUGAUAAUGAAAACCCGAAAACGCCUGCAGCCAAUGAAUCUAUUCCGAAUGCCGAUCAAGAUGCAUGGCGAACGAUACCGUCUACAGCUGAUUCCAGAUUGGAUGAAAAGCAAAGAAUAGAUCAAGAGAACAACGAAAGACUAGCGUCUAUGUCCCCCGAGGAAAUAGAAACAGCGCGACAAGAGCUUUUUAGUGGUUUGGAUUCGUCUCUACUAGAAAGACUCCUCAAACGUGCCAACUUAGACGACACUAUGAACAACGCUAUCUUCGAUACACCGAACUCCUCAUCGCAAGAUCCCGCCGCCCCCUCUAGCAACAUACAACCCGUCCAGAACACUCCCGAAAUACGGAUCGAGGACACGUCUGCAUCGCCACUCAAUAACAAACCCGACGUUAAACCUACCGAGCAAAAAGAAGCAAACCCAACAACCAACAAUUCCAAACGCGUGCGCUGGGCAUCAGUAGCAGACGAAGACGAGGAAGAAGCAACCACGAUACCCAAGCCUAAACCUAGUCUUCCGCAACCUACCACCACAACCACCACCGCCGACAACAAUACCACCUCCGACAUCCCCCCCUCAAAACCGCACUGGCCCCAACCCGCACAACCCGCAGACCUCGACCCGCACGACCCGAACUUCCUCGAAAACCUACACAACAAAUUCUUCCCACACCUCCCCUCCGACCCGUCAAAACUAGCCUGGAUGGCGCCCAUCCCAACCCCAAACUCACCCGCAGACUACGAUUCCCCAUACCACCCCUCGCAAUCCUAUCUCGCGAUCUCCUCCCUCCGUUUCGAUUUCCGAGGCAUGCUCCUCCCGCCCAAGAUCUCGCGCGCUGUACCCGUAACCAAGGGUUUGCACCACCAUGGCGAAGCCCCCGAGGCCGCCGGGUAUACGAUUAAAGAAUUGGCGCGGUUAUGUCGGAGUGCGGUUCCCGGACAGCGGUGUAUGGCAUACCAGACCCUAGGUCGAGUUUUAUACCGACUUGGUAUUGGAGAGUUUGGCGGCCCGGCGGAUGAUGUGGCGAAAGGUAUUUGGGGCGAUGUGGAAGAAGGCGCUGUGAUGCGGAGUUUGUAUGAAGAAGCUGGUACGGAGGAGGGGACGGGACAUCGGAGUGCGAGGGCGCUUGCUAUGGAGGCGAUUUGGUUGUUGGAGAAGGGGGGUUGGAAGGAGAGGGUGAGGAGGGGGAAAUAGGAGAAGAUUGAUGGAGUAACUUGGUGGAGGGGGGUGAAGGCAUUAAGAAAUGAAGAAUGAAGAAAUGAAAUGCCAAAUAGCCAAGGAAGAGCAGCUAAAGCGCUAUGCGACAUAAUACAGUAAAAUAACAAAAACACCACCAAUCCCUAUUGCGUGACGGAAACAUAACAAGUCAUACAAAUAUAUAAAUCACCAUCCAUAUCGCGAAUCGCGAAGGGAGAGUUAAGUAACAAGGUAUCUAUCAUGCGCGAGGGACAA